AUGAAAAAACCAAUAAUGCUAAUCUUGGUCUGCUACCUUGCUUUGUAAGCCUUAGAAACUCAGUAAUUGGAUAAGGAUCAUCAAACUUAAUGCCCUUUUUGGUACUAAUUAUAAACAUAGAUGUUUGAAUAUUUAAUAGAUUUCUUGUUAUUUUGGGUAUUUUAGGGCAAAAGAUGA